CCGUCCGUCUGUCUGUCUUCACAUUGACCUCGACUGCCCUCGCUUCGCUUUCGCAGGACUCGCUUAACUUUGUCCCCCGGUGGCUCCAGUAGAAGCUCUUCCGGUGUAAGAAUAGUACGUUAGCGGUUUGUGUGAAGGUCGUGAGUCCAACCUGUGAUCCAUCAUGUCUCUGCCAAAGCCUGUGAUGAGGGGAAUGCUGGCCAAGCGUCUGAGGUUUCACCUGCCCAUCGCUUUCGCUCUGUCUCUGGGGGCUGCCAUUGCAUUCAAGUACGCAGUGACAGAGCCCAGGAAACGGGCCUACGCUGAGUUCUACAAAACGUACGACUCUGUCAAAGAGUUCAACGCCAUGAGGGAAGCCGGCAUCUUCGAGAGUGUGCGGCCCUCUGGGGAGUAAACGCUCUCUCUUCUCUCCCAUCAUUCGUUCCAGGUCUGAGGAUGAAGUUCCUUCUUGCCCACUUGGAUGUUAUUUACUGAUUAGAUGUGAACUUCGCUAUGCUGUUUUGUUCCUCUAAUAAAAUAUUCUAUUAAUGUAAAA